AAUCUGUGUCAAGGCUAUUACUGUCAUGGCGCCAUGGCUAUUACUGUCUAAAUUGAUACCUCAGGGUACUUCCGUGUUCAGUAAACAGGCACGCGUGCUUUUCAACCGCUGUGAUCCACGCGAGAGCGGGUAUUAGUUAGCCAGCAAAGGUUGUUUCGACGGGUUGUAAGAGACGUAGCUUGAAUGUGACUGCUGUUCCGACAGGUCCGUUUCACGGAAAAGCGUAGUCGACUAUAUAAAGUGAUCUCGGGCUACCGGUAACUCGAUAGAAUAUAGCGUAAACGCUAUAUUUAAUUGAUCGGUGUAUCGGCAUUGGCGUCGCUUUGCUCGUAGCGUCGUAUGAACUAAACGUCUACUAUGCUUCGCGCUCCAUCGCACCAGCAGCAGCAGUGUUUUGCGCAUCCUCAUAGUUCUCACCAAAUGCUAGACAACAUAAUCUCGUGAGUGCGUGAAGCUGUGUUCGGCUAGAGAUUUUAACGAAUUUCAACGCCAUGGACAGUAGCGGGGAUGACAUGGAUGUAGACGGGAUAAUCCAGAGGCUGAGGGAUAAAUACACCCCCAGUGAUGCAGAGACAUCGUACUCUCCAUCCGUACCUGCAAGCUCCGCUGGGGUUGCCGAACCUGCCGGUAGGUUCGGCAGCGUUCGAGCAACUGGCUCGGCAACACAGCUUGCCGAACCAGACUCAACCCAAGGCUUGCCGUCCCAGCCUCGGCGAGAUAGCAGCAGCACCUCUCUUCAGCUCUUAUCAAAUGUGGCUCUAUCGAAUGUGACUCAAAGAGAGGCCAAUUCGGCGCUUUUAAAAGAGAAGCCCAAGAGGCAGGUGAAGUGGAAGGACCUGGAGGAGGCGCAAUCAGAGGCCUCCACGUGGGAUGACUUUGACGCUAGCAGCUUAAAUUCAGGUCGAAGCUCCUCAACGCUGCUUGGAGGGACAGGAGGGAUCGGAGAGACAGGUGGGACAGGAGGAGGGGACGGAAGGAGAGCUAGUUUACCUGGCAGAUUAUGUGACGGUUCUUCUGAAGCUGCAGCAGGAGCAAGAGCAGCAGCACCAGCACCAGCACCAGCAGCACCAGCAGCAGCAGCAGGAGAAGCAGAGCAGCAGCAGCAGCUGUUUAGAGCGCUGCUAGAGCUACAGUCGCUGCUACAGGCGUCCCAGGAGGAAGCUUCCACGACACGCGAAGAAAACUCCGAGCUACGCCGAUCGUUGAGGACUGCUUGGGAUGACGUGGCACAGCUAGAAGAGAGUAAGGCCCAGGUGGAGCUCCAGCUGGCACAGGCACAGGGGCAGUUGGGGCAGUUGGGGCAGUUGGGGCAGGCACAGAUGCAGGUUCAGGCCCAGCUAUCUCAGGCUCACGGGCAGAUUUCGCAGCUGCAGGCAGAGCUUUGGGCAGCUCAGGAAGAAGUUCGGGUUGCCCGGGCUGAGCUGGCGGGAGUCCGGGCUGAGCUGGCGGGUGCGCAGGAGGAAGGGAGAGAAUUGGCGGAAGGGUUAAGAGAGGCGAGUGCUGAGGCGGGAGAACUUCGGGCAGAUUUGGAAACUUUGAAGGAGAGUUUGAUUGAUGAACAAACGCGGGUUGGGGAAUUUAUAGAAGAAAAUGGGAUUCUGCAGGAGGAGGUUCGGAAGUCCCUGACCGCAGCUGGGAAGGCUCGGGCUGAGGCUGAUGAGGUUCGGGAGGAGAAUGAAAGGCUGAGGGAUGAUUUCGGGCAGCUAAAAUAUGAGAAUGAGCAGGCGCAGAGAGUUUUGGCAGCUGCCCAGGGGGAGCUCGGGCAGGUGCUGGAAGACGGGCAAGGGCAGCGGGAAAGAGUCAGAACACUUUUAGCUGAGAGUGGUCGCUUGAGAGUGGAAAAUAGCAAGCUUAAGAAAGAGCUGGAUGUUCUGAGGAGCAGUGGAGGAGGGAGGAUAGGAGGGGUAACAGGAGUGGAGGAGAGACUUGGGGGGGAGAGAGGAGAGUAUGGGAUUGGGGAGGGUGGAGGGGGAGGAGAGGGUGGUGGGGGAGAGGAAGGGGGAGGAGGAGGGGACGGAUGGAUGGGAGGGAGAAACGAUAAUGUUUUGUUGCGACAGCUGGACAGGAGCCUGAAUGCUGCCCGGGAAGAAAUAGUCGUGCUGAAAGCAGAGAACAGGCGGCUGCAGAAUUCUUUUGAGGCUGCCCGAGAAGAAGCAGCAAGGGAAGGUUUUGGUCCUAGGAGGAUGGGUGGGGGAUGGAGGGGAGAGGAUGGUGGAGGGGAGGAGGUAUGGGAUCUUGUUGGGUCAGCAGCAGAGGCAUGGGAGGAACUAGAAAGAGUCAGGAGGACAAAGGAAAAGGCGGAGGAGAGAGCAGAGAAGCUACAGCUAGAGCUGGUUGUAGCAGACGAGAAGGCUGCCAGGCUUCAGACGGAUCUGGCUGUAGCAGAGGAGAGGCUCUCCAGGCUGCAGGCUCAGGUGGACCAGGAAAAAAAUCAGGUGGAAGCAACAGUGAGGGAAGCGGAAGGGAGGCGGAGAGCCGCAGAGGAGAGGGUUGCGGCUUUAGGGUUGCAGUUAGAGGGAGUGGAAGGUGUAGAUGCACUGCGCAGUGGUGUGGAUGUGGAUAUGCUUUUAGAGAGGACUAGUGUGAGCAGUGGCAGUGGUGAUGGGGGUGCUGUUGUUGGUCGGGGUGCUAGCUUUGCUGCUGUUGCCAGCACUGCUGCCGCUGGUGCUGGUACUGGUGCUGCUGGUGAUGGUGAUGGUGCUGCUGCUGGUGCUGCUGCUGGUGUUGCUGCUGGUGGGGGUGGUGAUGGAGGUUUUGAUGGGCGCAGGAGCAGCUUUGAUCCGUUGACUUGGCGUCAGAAGUUUGCUUAUAUACCAGAGGAGGACAGAGCAACAUGGCUGCAGGACGGCCUAGAUCGCACGCACAGGGAGAAUCAACGGCUCAAGAUCCUCAUUAGGCAUCUGCAGUCAACGCUGGUCAAACAAGACGAGGAGGUCAAUCAGCUUCGGGCCGUACGUGCAGCUUCGGAUACCGAAGCUGCUGUGGCGUUUGGGAGAGACCGAGCCUCUGGUAUGGAGAGAACUGUCCCAGCUGUGGAGGAGGUUCGGGAUAAGCUGCAUGCUGCCGAAGCUGAGCAGGCUCGGCUGGCUGCCGAAGCUGAGGCUCUGCGUCAGGACCUUUGGACUGCCCUGGAUCAGUGCGGGCAGCUUGAACGAACCGUUGCUUGGCUGGAGGAGGAUCUCGGGCAGGCCCAGCAGGAACUUUCCGCUGCCCAGGAAGAGGCAAAGGGUGCAAAGAUGGAGGCAGAACGGGCAGAAGAACGGGCAGAAGACACAACAGCGGCUCUCCACGAGUUGCAACGGGAGAUGAGCCGGCAGUUACAUCAAUCCAAGGAGACGACACACCAGCUGAGUACACGUGUCGUGGUCGCCGCAAGCGAGAGCCGGUUACGAGCAGAAGAGGCAAGAGCGUUCCGAGAAGCAAAGAGCGCUACUGUAGCAGAGCUUAGCAGUGCUGUGGAAGGGUUGAGGGAGGAAGUGAGGGUGGCGAGAGGGAGGGAGAGAGUGAGGGAGAGGGAGGCUGUGAGGGCAAGAGAGGUAGCAGCAGAGGCGAAGAGGCAGCUGGAGGUGGAGCAGGAGAGGAGGGAGGGGAGGGACGGGGGAGUGGCUCAGGUGCCUGACCUCCUGGUGUGGCCCAUCGACUUGUUCAUUCCUUCGCAGUUUUUCGUGUUCUGAGGCUGGGAGGGCGAGAGGGAGGGAGAGAGUGAGGGAUAGGGUGAGGGAGAGGGAGGCGAGAGACACAGCAGCAGAGGCACAGAGGCAGUUAGAGGUGGAGCAGGAGACAAGGGAGGGGAGGAGUGGGGGAGUGGCUCAGGAGCCUGAUCCGCUGGUGUGGCCUACUGGUGAUGGUGGUGGUGAGAAGGGGCUGGCUGAUGGAUUGCUCUGAUCUGAUGUGUCUGAAAGAUACAAUCUGGAGCAGAACCCCAGUGGGAUGGGAUCCCCAGUGUCAGCAAAAGCUGG